UGAAACAAUCGAACGACAUAUAAAGGCUCAACCUCUGUGUUUGUCUGUCUAUCUUUGUUUUACAGUUGGGCCAUCUAUUCAGUUUCCCAUUUCAACAACUAAUUUUUCUUUAUUUAUCUUCUUCCCAUUUUCCCCCAAAUAUUUUGCUUCAUUUAAUUCACCACCAAAAAGCCUUGUUUGUUUGUUUGUUUGUUCUUCACCUCUUCCAUUUUGGGAAAUCAAAUCCAAAACAAAAGCCAAACCCACAAAACAAAAGCAAAAACAAAUCUCAAAUUGAUUGAAGAAGAAGAAGAAGAGGAUGAUGAUGAUGACAAUGGAGGGAAUGAUGGAUAAGGGGGUUCUGGAUGAUGUGAUAAGGAGGUUGCUGGAAGGGAAAGGAGGAAAACAGGUGCAGCUCUCUGAGUCGGAGAUCCGUCAACUCUGCGUCAACGCGAGACAAAUCUUCCUCUCUCAGCCCAAUCUCCUUGAGCUCCGUGCUCCCAUUCGAAUCUGCGGUGAUAUACAUGGUCAGUACCAAGACUUGCUGAGGCUUUUUGAAUAUGGUGGCUACCCUCCUUCUGCAAACUACUUGUUUCUGGGGGAUUAUGUGGACAGAGGGAAGCAAAGUUUAGAGACUAUAUGUUUGCUUUUGGCCUACAAAAUAAGAUAUCCGGACAAAAUUUAUCUCUUGAGAGGAAACCAUGAGGAUGCGAAGAUAAACCGGAUAUAUGGCUUCUAUGAUGAAUGCAAAAGGAGGUUCAAUGUUAGGCUAUGGAAGAUAUUUACAGACUGCUUUAACUGUUUGCCGGUGGCUGCGCUCAUUGACGAAAAGAUAAUUUGUAUGCAUGGAGGACUCUCUCCAGAGUUGCAAAAUUUAGAUCAGAUAAGGGAGGUCACAAGGCCCACCGAAAUUCCGGAUAAUGGUCUCCUUUGUGAUCUUCUUUGGUCUGAUCCUGAUAAUAGCAUUGAGGGCUGGGCAGACAGUGACCGGGGCGUUUCAAUGACUUUUGGACCUGAUGUUGUCGCGGAUUUUCUGGAAAAGAAUGAUCUUGAUCUUGUUUGCAGAGGUCAUCAGGUUGUGGAGGAUGGUUAUGAGUUUUUUGCGAAACGAAGAUUAGUCACGAUAUUUUCUGCUCCAAAUUAUGGUGGGGAAUUUGACAAUGCUGGUGCAUUGUUGAGCGUGGAUGAAUCCCUUGUAUGUUCCUUCGAGAUAUUGAAACCCCUUGACAGAGGAUCAGGAAGUGGUUCAAAAAUGACUCUUAAGAAGCCCCCUAAACUUGGAAAGGUCUAGUAUUUGGCGAAGAUUUUCGGUUCAAAUAGGAAUCCAGCUAACUCAACUUGUGCAGAGUUGAAUCUUCAAGUAGGGGUUUGGCAUGGGAGAGCCUUCCACAUUACCAGUUGCAGAUUUUUCCGAUCAUAUAUAUUGGCUGAGAGUACAUUGUAAAUUGAACUACCUGGGCAUUCUUCUGUGCAGGAGAGAUUAUUGCUUCAUACGCCAGUUAGUUGCUUGUGUUUGGCAAAUUAGCAUGUAAUUUGUGAGUGCAAAGAGAUUUCAUGUUUUCAUCAAAUGCAUAAAUUUCUAUGCCAUUUAUCUGAAUCACUGCUCAGGAAUGUUGUUAGAUACCUGUUCCUGAGGUUUCUGUGUUGCUAUAGCACUGAUAACAUAAUCAAAUCAUUAUGACUACUUGUUUUCAA